AUGAAUUUUGAAUCAAUUGAACAACCAAUAUCUACCAAUAAUAAUAUUUCAAUCUUUUUUAAUGAUAGACAAUCAAAUAAUCCAUUCUCACCAAAUAUUGAAUCAGGAUUUAGUCCAACAACGAAUUAUCCUCUAGAUUUUCAUUCAAUAAAUGAAUUAAUCGAUUGGCAUAAGAAAAUUAUACGCAAAGGAAUGAUGUACUUCUAUAUCGUAUUUGGAAUAUUGUUCUUAAUUGGUUUAGUAUUAUUAAUCAUAGGCAUUUUUCGCUCAACAUGUAGUACUUAUUCUUAUGAUUGCUCAUCAGCAUCUUUAGUAUAUCUCGUUUUUGGUGGAAUUCUAAUGGGUACUGGCAUUAUGUAUUUGUUGAUCGGUCUCUGUUUUGAUUUUUGUUAUAUAGAACAACAAUUUGAAGAUGUAAAUUUUAGCGUUAAUGGACAACAGCCAGUUGUAUGGCGACUGUAUGGCAAACAAUGGAUACGAUAUUUGAAUUAUAUGUAUAGUCCAAGUCCAAUGUGGAGAGAAGCAGAUUCAUUAUCAUGUUUCUGUUGUCGACGUUCAACCUAUGAACGAUUGAAGAAUCGUCAAUAUGGUCAGAUUAUUUUACAUGAAAAUGGUUUAAUAAUUGACGAAUUAUAUUUUGUUUCGUUUCGAGAUCAUACAUUACAACGUGUAGAAAUACUCUAUAUCGAUCAACAGCGGCAAAUAAUAGGUUUAAGAAUACGUACUUAUCUCCAAACAGGAAACAAUAGUCGCAACUGCUAUUUUGAUUUAUUGGCACCAUCAUCAAUUUCAUUGGAACAAAUACAAGCACUCGCUCGAGCAUACAGUAUUAAAAAAUCUGGAGUUAGUGCACUCGAUUUACGUUUGGAAGAAACUCAUCUUCCUGGAUCAAUAUUAUCUACACACAGCUAA